GAUAAAUAGAUAGAUAGAAAGAUAGGUGUGAGAAACAAUGAAGAGAGAGAGAGAGAGAGAGAGAGAGAGAGAGAGAGAGAGAGAGAGAGAGAGAGAGAGAGAGAGAGAGAGAGAGAGAGAGAAGAAGAAGAAGAAGAUGAUGAUGAUGGAAGGAAGGAAGAGGUUUAAUUUGGUCGCACAUGGCGUUUCACCAUCCAUAUAUUUCGAUGGUGCCACGCUGUGUGCGACUCAAUUACAUGCUCUUCUCUUCUCUUUUCUUUGCUUGUCGCAACUAUUACAAUUCUUACCUUAAUUCAUUUGCUCUUUAAUUCUAUGUUGUGUUAUUUUAUGUGUCUGCUCCCUCCGCUGCUACACAACAAGUGCAUUCUAGCUGCUAAACUCAGUACCAAAAUCGACGCCGACGACAAUCGAUGAAACCUUCGUCAAUCCUUUCACUUCCGGCGACUGGCGACCCGAUUGAAACUUCGGCCAGCAACUCCGGCAGUCGGCGGCUAGUUGCUGCGGGACAGCGGCGUCUUCUCCGACGGACUUCCUCAACCAGCAGCUCCGGUCAUAUCCUCCGACCAGUAGCAGUGGCGACUGGCAGCUCCAGUCAUCUUCCUCAAGUGUCCGGCGACAAUGCUUUCAGCAACUCUGGCGACCAGCUCCCUACGGUCAUCUUCUCCGGCAGCGCGCGACCAGUGGCAGCUCCUCCCAACAAACAGCUUCGGAUUCUGUCGAUCCGCACCGAAACAGCCGUAUCUGGCAGCAGUGACGCUCCGGCCUUCAUCUCCGGCCGUCCAGCGUCUCCGCCCAUCUUCUCCGGGAGUCCGACAAACAGCUCCGGGAACUGAUCGAACUGACGAACAUCAAUCUUCUUUCACCGGAUCUUUUCUAGCGGCCAAAAUUCCCUACAGCCCCUCGCUUUGGUAAGCUAUCGGCGAAGAAAUUUUUUUCUCUCACAACAUGACAAAUUUCAAAGGCCAUAGCAUGAUCUAAGAUAGCCAUCACCUCCUGGAACUCCCGAUUUAAUUUCCACGGAGGAGUCGAACUUCCG